CAUGUGCAGAAUCUCUGUAACAUUUGUGAACAAGGAUGGCACUGAGAAAACGAUACGUGUUCCUGUCGGAAUGUCCAUGUUAGAAGCUGCUCAUGAAAAUGACAUAGAACUUGAAGGAGCAUGUGAAGGGUCGCUCGCAUGUUCCACUUGUCAUGUCAUAGUUAUGGAUGUAAAGGACUAUAACAAGCUAGAGGAUCCAACAGAUGAGGAAAAUGAUAUGCUUGACCUUGCAUUUGGGCUGACAGAAACGUCCCGUCUUGGCUGCCAAGUAAUAGCGAAGCCCGAACUCCGACAAGAAGCUGCGUACGAGGUCGAGGUCUAGGUCCAAAUCACGACCAAUUGAAGAGGUCGUACCAGGUGACGGGAUCCGGGACGUUGCUCAAAAGAAGAAGGCCAUCAAGAAAUCGAGGGACUCUGUCAAGAACAGGAACAAGGAGGCUCGCCGUGGAGAGGCGGAUCGCGUCAUCCCCACCUUGAAACCGAAGCAUCUCUUCUCUGGAAAACGAGGAGUUGGAAAGACCCAGAGGCGAUAAACCAGUCAAUGUGGACGUUGCUGCUUGCAAUCACUCGAUCAGGAACUAUUGGAUCACUGCCAUUUUUCGUGCUGGGCAUCGGGGGAGGCUUCAGUGUCAAUCUGGCAGCUGGAGAUACUACUAUCUAUUGCAAUUUUAUUUUUAUCUGGCAUUUGCUCUGUGUUCCGCUUUGUUUGUUAGACUACAUUGUUGUUGAACUAUAUGGUUGUACCUUCGGUUUACUCUGCACUUGUGCGGAGCGGAGUCGAAUUUUGUUUGAUGGUGUUAUUAAUGUAUUUGAACGGGCCGCUUGUUUUCCUUUU